CCCUCUGCAUUUGCAUCAGUGGAGGAGCCGAGAGCGGUGGCGCACGGAGAGAGACGGGAAACAAGUUGAAUUAAACCAAUAAGGACUUUUAUUUUUUUUAUCCUGUUGAAUUUUUUUUAUCCCACCCCCCUCACUGAAGAAUUUUCAACACUGUUCCUCCACACGCUGGUCGUAUUGCAGUUUGGACCGCGCGUGAAUGAGAGCUAAACAGCCAGGGAGACCCUGAGAGAUCCGCGGUGAAGGGACCGUCUGUACGCGGAGAGGGGAGAGCGUCUCCGGGUGUCGGCAGUGCGCCUUUGCGCGGUUUGGACUGGACUGCGGUGCGAUUCUUCCACGGCGUGUAGCCCAGGGAGGAGUUUUUUUUUUUUCUUUUAUCGUGGGGGGAGGAUACGUUGGCUUGCUUUUUUGGGAGCUCGGAAGAAGAUUUGGUGUCAUUUUAAUAGGAUUUGGGGGAAGCCUAUCGGAUCGUACACUCCGCUCCACUCGUGUUGAAAGUGGAGUGGGGAGGGUUGGAUGCCUGCAGGUUUGCGAGUCCCGAAGAAGCAGCCAAGGAUUACAUCCUGCCCGGGCACCUUCUGACGGACCAAGGACGCAAAAGACCGGGUUGGAGUGGCUGAUUCUUCGCCCGCCUUGCGCUUUGGCUUGUUUUGGAGAGGAUAUGGCAAGGUCGGCGCUGGAGAGUGGAGAGCAGACGGCGCAGGCGAGAGGAAACCGGAGCUGAAUGACAGGAUGCCAGCGACCUGAGCCCACACUCAGAUCACUCCUAACUUCGUUAAGAGACACUUCAGCUUUAUUUGUUGGUCAGAGCAGAGAGAAGAAUACUUUCCCGGGAGGAAAAAAAAUCUUUUGGAGGAGUUUAUUUUCAGAGGAUUCUGUUUUUGUUUUGUUUGGUUUUUUUUUUUUAUAUCUAUAUACUCGUAAUUUUAUUUUUUUUUCUGGUGAUAAAACAAGGAUGCAUUGUGGAUUAGUCUUUAUCCUGUUCAUGGGAAUCCUCUCGGUGGCCAAGGCUUUCAAAAACGAUAAAUGCGGGGGCAACAUCAGAAUCUCAACCGCCAACUACCUCACUUCGCCCGGAUACCCCGCGUCUUAUCCCCCUUCUCAGAGAUGCGUGUGGGUGAUCUCGGCGCCUGGUCCUCACCAGCGGAUCCUCAUCAACUUCAAUCCGCAUUUUGAUCUGGAGGACCGGGAGUGCAAAUAUGACUAUGUGGAGGUACGGGAUGGCACCGAUGAGAGCGGUCAGUUGGUGGGGAAGUACUGUGGAAAGAUUGCCCCUUCUCCAGUCGUCUCUUCCGGAAACCAGCUUUUCAUCAAAUUUGUGUCCGACUACGAGACCCACGGAGCAGGCUUCUCUAUCCGAUACGAGAUCUUUAAGACAGGUCCGGAAUGCUCCAGGAACUUCACCUCUAACAGUGGCAUCAUUAAGUCACCUGGGUUCCCUGAGAAAUACCCCAACAACCUGGACUGCACUUUCAUGAUCUUUGCCCCGAAAAUGUCGGAAAUCAUCUUGGAGUUCGAGAGCUUUGAGCUGGAGCCCGACCCAACGCCCCCUACUGGUGUCUUCUGCCGCUAUGACCGGCUGGAGAUCUGGGAUGGGUUCCCUGGAGUUGGCCCACACGUCGGAAGGUACUGCGGGCAGAACACCCCAGGCAGGAUCAUCUCUUACACAGGCAUCCUGGCCCUGACAAUCAACACCGACAGCGCCAUCGCAAAGGAAGGCUUCUCUGCCAACUUCACCGUCAUCGAAAGAACCGUUCCAGAGGACUUUGACUGUAGCGACCCUUUGGGAAUGGAAUCGGGAGAGAUAACGUCAGAUCAGAUCAUGGUUUCAUCCCAGUACAAUCCUAGCUGGUCCCCAGAGCGCUCCAGACUCAACUACUAUGAAAAUGCAUGGACACCAGCAGAGGAUUCCAACAAAGAGUGGAUACAGGUGGACCUUGGGUUCCUGCGGUUCGUCUCGGCCAUCGGCACCCAGGGCGCCAUUUCCCAGGAGACCCAGAGGGUUUACUUUGUCAAGUCCUACAAAGUGGAUGUCAGCUCUAAUGGAGAGGACUGGAUCACUUUGAAAGAAGGCUCCAAACAGAAGGUUUUCCAAGGCAACACCAACCCAACUGACGUUGCCAAGACGAAGCUUCCCAAGCCCACGCUGACGCGAUUCGUUCGGAUACGUCCGGUUACCUGGGAAACAGGCAUCGCACUGCGCUUCGAGGUGUACGGCUGUAAGAUAUCAGAGUACCCGUGUUCAGGCAUGUUGGGCAUGGUAUCAGGCUUAAUCAAUGACAACCAGAUCACCGCGUCCUCCCAUACAGACCGGAGCUGGGUACCAGAGAAUGCCCGCUUGCUAACAAGUAGGACAGGAUGGACCCUGCUGCCCCAGCCACAGCCCUUCACUAAUGAAUGGCUACAGGUGGAUCUCGGCGAGGAGAAGCUAGUGAGGGGCUUGAUCAUCCAGGGGGGGAAGCACCGUGAAAACAAGGUGUUCAUGAAGAAGUUCCGCCUGGGCUACAGCAACAAUGGCUCGGACUGGAGGAUGGUGCUCGACACCAGUGGAAACAGGCCGAAGAUAUUUGAAGGCAACAGCAAUUAUGACACUCCUGAACUGAGGACCGUGGAGCCUCUGCUGACCCGUUUUGUCAGGAUUUACCCAGAGAGGGCCACUCCUGCUGGGAUGGGCCUGCGGCUGGAGCUGUUGGGCUGCGAGAUUGAAGCUCCUACACUCCCACCAACCACCGCAAUCCCGAGCACCACCCCGUCUGACGAGUGCGACGACGACCAGGCGAGCUGCCACAGUGGCACAGGUGAUGACUACGAUGUGACAGGUGGUAACAUGAUGCCAGAGAGCACUACUGCUGAAAUGGAUACCAUCCCAGCUUUUCUCUGGUUCGCCUGCGACUUUGGCCGAGCCAACGAUCCUUCCUUCUGCAGCUGGACAUCGGAGGACACGGGAUCUAGGUGGCAGAUCCAGUCCAGCGGCACGCCUACCCUCAACAUCGGACCUAACAUGGACCACACAGGUGAACCGGGGAAUUUCAUCUACACCUUAGCAACCAGCCCCCAAGAGACAGAGGUGGCUCGACUCGUCAGCCCCGUGGUCAGCUCCCCGGACUCGGACCUCUGUGUGUCAUUCUGGUACCACAUGUUUGGGCCACACAUCGGCACACUACACAUCAAGCAGCGCAAGCAAACGGAGAAGGGACCUGCGGACGUCCUCCUGUGGACGGUCAGUGGCCACCAAGGCAACCGCUGGAGGGAAGGUCGUGUUCUCGUGCCACGCACCAACAAACCCUAUCAGGUGGUGAUCGAAAGUCUUGUGGAGAGAAAGAGCUGGGGAGACAUUGCUGUGGAUGACAUUAAGGUUCUCGAUGGGAUCACACUGCCAGACUGUAAAGAUCCAGACGUGCCCACCGAGCCAAUAUUACCGGAGGAUAUUAAUGAAAUCAUUCCGGAAAACACAGACUAUCCAGACUCUGUGGAGACCAACCAGAUCCCUGAAGGCAGCAUGCUAAAGACGCUUGACCCCAUCCUGAUCACCAUCAUCGCCAUGUCUGCCCUCGGGGUCUUCCUAGGGGCCAUCUGCGGCGUGGUCUUAUACUGUGCCUGCUCACACGGAGGCAUGUCGGACAGGAACUUGUCAGCUCUGGAGAACUAUAACUUUGAGCUUGUGGACGGCGUCAAGCUAAAGAAAGACAAACUCAACGUACAGAGCUCAUACUCGGAGGCGUGAGUCGGGUUCAUGUGACUGUGUGCGAUGGGCCGGGCUCUCGCGCGAGACUGUCUGCAGGCAUAUAAUCCCGCCUGUCUGCGAGCAGACGGGCUUAGAAGGGACUGCUGAUGCCCUCGAAUCUCUGGACGAGGGACAGGUCCAGGAACCAACAGGAGGUCUGGACUGAUCCAUGCUUUUCUCAGGAGCUGCAGUUAAAAAAAAACAAAAAACGGAGCCUACCAGUAAAGGGGGAGGGACACUGUGUACAAAUAAAAUACAGGAAAAAAAUAUGUACAGAUGAUUCAGAUGAUAUUUUAAUUUUCUAUUUUGAUUUUCAUUCAUUUUUACAAUCGGAUGCUGGUGUUGAGACCAAUUUAUUAAUGAUGUUUAAAGUAUUUAUCGUUUUCUGGAAAAAAAAGAAACGUCUUUUUAUUAUUACUAUCAGUUGGUAACGGCUGUUUUCACCUUUUAGAAAGAGACGUAUCGACAUCCUAAGUGAACCAUAUCCGGUAAAAACUGUAGAUUCGCCCCAUGGCGUGGCAAACAUAGUGUGCCGUGAGACAUGUACCCUUUCCCCCCCUUUGACCCCUAUCACUCUGAAGUGAGGGUCCCAUUCAUGGCAAUGUAUGGUUCUGACAGUGCCUUUAAUAUGUUUUUGUUGGAAUCCUCUGUUGAUAUCGGUGUUUUUUACUGUACUUGGCUUAAGCUAUAAUGACAGGAAACAGGGGCACAUGACCUUAGAAAUACCUGCAAAACAGGACAAGAGUUUAUCACAGUUUUUUUUGUUGUUGUUGUUGUAUUUGUUUUUUUGUUUGUUUUCUGUCCAAAACAAAAAAAACACACACUGUAAAUAAGUUUUAAUAUAUUUUAUUGCCCUUUUUUUUAAGAAAGUAAAAAGGAAAAGAAAAAAAAGCUGCAGUAUCCCUUUUGUCAUGGGUUUGUGCGUGUGCGUGUGUGUAAAUACAAUCUCCUGGACUGUUUCGUGGAAGGUGCAGCGUUUCAUUUUUAGUCGCUCAGGCGAGCACGAUUCGCCCGAUCGCUGACGCUCCAGCGAUUUCAAUGUGCAUUCAAGCCAUCUGUCACCGAAACAUCCACUUCUCAAAAAGAGCCCCAAGGAUGAAUGAAUCGAGAGGUAGCAAACGCACAAAAACAAAACAAAAAAAAGAGAGAUGAACUCUCAGCACUCUUCUUCUUCUGAUCACUCAUGACCACGCCAUAUCUCUGCUGUGAGCUGAACUGGUCGAUGUGAUGUUUUCCAGAACUUUAAACGCACUCGUGACAAUUUCAGAGAAGGUGGUAAAAUAUAUCAAAUAUUUGGCAAAAACAAACAAACAAACAAAAAACACCAAUCCUCGUUGCUUUUGCUUUAUCUAAAUCCCUGACUGUCUUGUCACUGUGGAUUGUUCACCCAGGCAGUGCUAUCUGGACAAUGCAGCUUGAAUGCACUUUGUUUUGCGAGCCCCUCAUGGUAGAAACCUGUAAAAAGAGGGGUUAACACACUAACUGACGAAUGGUGCUAUCAGUAAUUUAGCCAGACACGUGUGUCUCAUGAUGAAAAAAACAUUUUUUAAAUAAAAAAGCCCAGUUUGUAUUGUCCACAUGCUGUAGUGUAGCUCAAGCGCCCCGACCUCCUCCUCUUGGGGGGGCUGUGAAGAGUUUUUAACGUGUUUCACGUGUAGCAGCCAUAAUGUUGUGAUGUCAGAGCUGAUGUCAAAAGGACAGGACACUGGUACAGCGGGUUGGAGUGGGGGUGAGGUGGGGUUGGGGGUGGGGGUGGGAAUCGAGCAUCGUCACCUGAAUCAGACCCCCAGGCCUCCCUCCGUGGUUUUACCAAAGGAUGGUUGCCCCCUUGUACAUACGGUGGAGGGCUGGAGGGGGAGGAGGGGUUCCUCGCCAACACAAAAUACCAUGAGACCACAGUCCCCCUCCUCCGCACCCUUCCCCAUGAAAAAAUCAAAAAAAGGGGGAGCCUAUGGCAGGAAACUUACAGAGAACAGCAAUGUGUUUGUUUUUUCUAUCUCUUUUUAAGCUUAAAAGAAGUGAAACGUCACCCAGGUGUGAACUCUUCAAUCCCAGGGUGGUGGUGCCCACCCCCACGAGGCCCCUGGGGCCCCUGAACUCAGUGCGGGGUUUUUGUGCCACAGUCAAAACAAUCAAAGAAAAAGUCAAUCCUGGGAGGCGUGGAGUCUUUUUACAUGGAUGUGCUUUGUAUGUUGUGCCGUGGUGAACACACGUUCUCAGCUUGUUCAUUUUAUUUUUCAGGACCGGGCGACCCUCUCUCCCCUCAGCUUUUACACCGCCCCCUGCCCCUCCCCCACCUGUGCUUUCAGCUGUAGAGCACUGUAGCUGCAGCAGCUAAGGAGAAAAGAUACUGUAGCGCGGACUCAAAAGAAAUAAUGUUGCACUGACAAAUAUAUUUAAGAGGUUUAUGUGUUUCUAGCAUACAUUUGCAAAAAAAAAAAAAAAAAGAAACUGAAGAAAAUCAAAAACCCUGUUUUCUUUUUCUGUUCUUUUUAUAUAUACAUGCAUAUAUAUAUAUAGUUUCAGAUUAUGACAUAAUUCUGAAAUGUAAAAAUACUGAGAUGUUUUCAUUAUUGAAAAAGGCAGAAGAGAUUUUUUUUCCUCCCAGCAGUAAUGUCCCUCCCCCGUACAUUUACAUGGCAUAUUAACACUUUGUUUUGUACUGUCAUUCAGAAUUUUGUGCAGAUUUUCUUUCUUUCUUUUUUUUUACAAUAACAAGAAAUUAAGAUUUUUAUUUUCAAUACUGCUUCUGUAAAUUACUGUUGUGAAGGGCGGGAGGGGAAAGGAAUAAACAGCAAAGGCCUUAAAAAAUUGAAAAGGGAAUUUGUGAGUUGUAAUUCAGGCUUUGAAAUGUUUUUUUUUCUUUUCUUUUCUGUUUCUGCUCUAAUCUAAACCACGGCCCUGCUGUGAAGGGUUAAACCAGCAGCUUCAUAAGCAAGCAGCUCUUUGAAACAGCAUAUUUUUUGUUGUUGUUGUUUUUGCUUGAGAUGUGAAAGCACUAUCAAGGCAACACAGUGAUGUUAAAAGAGAACUUUUUUUGUCUGGUCUCUGUCUCAUUGCCACCGCUUUCCAAAGAUACAAUAAAAAAAAGCGUCUCCACAUGAAGGAGGAUGAACUUU